AGCAGUCCGUCCAACUCUCCCGUCUCCACUCUGACACACUACCACUUUCUGCGAUACUCAAAAAGGAGGGAAAUCAAAAACCCAAAACCCUAAAACCCUUUCUCCUUCUCCCUCUCCCAUUCCAUAUAUGCAUGGCCUGGCCCCACUUGUUCUUCCAAUAAUCUUCUUCGAUUAACCGUUACUGUGCUCAGCAAUCGAUUCUGGAGAAGCCGUGGAGGUUUCGAAGAAGCUCGGAGGUCGUUAACCAUGGCGAGGCUUCUCCAAAACGCUCUCUCUAUCAAACGCUUUCUAUUACCGCCGCAGGGAUAUAGAAGUGGAUUACUGGGCACUUGUUCUCAGCUUUGCAAUUUUUCUUCUAAAGGUAGAAAGAAGUCCAAGUCUGAUGGAAGUGACUCGGGCGGAGAGAAUAUGUCCAAGAAGGAUUUAGCUCUCCAGCAAGCACUUGAUCAGAUUACAGAUUCUUUUGGAAAGGGCUCUAUAAUGUGGCUUGGUCGGUCUGGCGCUCCCAGAAAUGUUGAGGUUGUAUCCACGGGAUCUUUUUCUCUGGAUCUGGCACUGGGAACCGGUGGCUUUCCUAAGGGACGUGUUGUGGAGAUUUAUGGUCCUGAGGCUUCUGGGAAAACUACUCUCGCUCUACAUGUAAUAGCUGAAGCACAGAAACAAGGAGGUUACUGUGUUUUUGUUGAUGCUGAGCAUGCUCUUGAUCCUACAAUGGCUCAGGCGAUUGGGGUAAAGACCGAGAAUCUACUUCUAUCGCAACCUGAUUGUGGAGAGCAAGCCCUCAGUCUUGUGGACACUCUAAUCAGGAGUGGUUCAGUUGAUGUUGUUGUUGUUGACAGUGUAAGUAAGGUGGCUGCCCUAGUGCCUAAAGGCGAACUUGAUGGGGAGAUGGGUGAUGCUCAUAUGGCAAUGCAGGCUAGGUUAAUGAGUCAGGCGCUUCGGAAAUUAAGUCACUCUUUAUCUCUAUCCCAGACAAUAUUAAUCUUUACAAAUCAGGUCAGGGCUAAGCUUUCGACUUUUGGAGGAUUUGGUGGGCCUCAAGAAGUUACUUGUGGUGGCAAUGCUUUGAAGUUCUAUGCCUCAGUCCGCCUUAAUGUUAGGAGAAUAGGGCUUAUCAAGAAGGGUGAAGAGACGGUAGGGAGUCAAGUUCAAGUGAAGAUAGUGAAGAACAAGCUUGCUCCACCAUUUAGAACUGUUCUGUUGGAGCUCGAGUUUGGGAAGGGUUUAUGUCGUGAAUCGGAGCUCAUCGACUUGGGAUUAAAAAACAAAUUCAUCAUAAAAAGUGGUUCACAUUAUAAUUUAAAUGGUCAAAACUUUCAUGGCAAAGAUGCUUUGAAAAGGUUUUUGUCUGAGGAUGAUGCUGCUAGGGAAGAACUUGCAUUGAAGUUGAGGGAGAAGCUAGUUGAUGCUGUGGAACACAAGGAAGCAGACACAGAAGCUUUAAAUGAAAGUCCAACUGAGGAAAUUGUUUCACCAGAUUCUACUGAUGAAGAUGCAGUUACAGCAGUUGGAGCGUAAAGUGUUCGGAUGGCCUCAAACAGUAUAACUUAACGGCUUCAAGUAAUGCUCGAGGAGCUACUGCAUUAUUCUCCUGCUCAGCUGGCUAGAAUUGUUAAGAAGCCUUUGUUUCAGACUCGCUUGCUCCCCUUGUAUAUCAGUAUCGUUACUAAAUCACUGUAUAUGGUAUUAGGCCAUGGGUGUAGUGAAAUUUUGUGGAUAUUCCGGGGCAAUUUAGAGGAUGUAUCUCUUUCAAAAUUCUGGGUUCGCCUUGGCUGAUUAGUAAAUGUCCAGCUGUAUGCUGUAGCUAUGAUCAA